UGUCACCGAUCCGGAAGUUCCCGAGUCGCCGGUUUCCGCCGGAAAAGGUUCCGUCCGGUCCAGACGGGUCUGUCUCUUUUUCUGUCUUUUUUUUCGGUUCGGUAUCGCUCAACUGAUCCGAUACAGAACCGGACCGGCACUGAAGCUAUACGAUAAACUCCUGUCAGGUUUUGUCAGUAGGUGCUGCGUCUCCAUGCAGAUGCUCCGGGUGAAAUGAAUAAGGCACCUCAGCCUCUGUCAGGACCUCCCUCCGCCCCUCCCCACCCCUCCGCCCCUCUUCCUGCACCCUCACCGGGCCUGUCCCAGCCCAGUUAUCCUGGUCCUCCCCCGGUUGUGUUCGGAACCCCUCCGCCACAGAUGAACCCGGCAGCCCAACCCCGACAGUUUGCCUCAGGUCCUAGAGCUUUACCACAACAGGGAGGAUUCAGGUCACUGCAGCCGUACUAUACCAGUCGGCCCACUUUACCCGCCAAUUCUGGGCGUGUUCAGCCAAGCUCCGCCCCUCGGCCCAUCCCUCCCCCGCAUGGAGCCCGCCCCCCUCAUGUGUUCCAGCCCGGCCCCUCCCAGAUGAUGAUGAUUCCCCAGCAACCUAUCAGCUUCCCAAAUUCACAAGGCACGGCCUACUAUAUACCUGGCCAGUACCGUCCCUCAUACGUGACCCCUCAGCAGUAUCAGGUGGCCGGUUCUCCUGGUUUCUACCCUGGCACAAGCCCGGCUGAUUACGCCGGGGCGUAUUACCCUGCUCAGCCCCAGUUCACGCCUCCUGUUGCCCCUGCGCCUGUUAUUAUGAACCCCGCCCCCCAACAGCAACAGGCCCCUCCCCCUCAACAGCAGCAAGCUCCGCCCAGACGGGAACGUAAGCAGAUCAGGAUCAGAGACCCUAAUCAGGGAGGUCGUGACAUCACAGAAGAGAUCAUGUCAGGAGGUCGCAGUGGCUUGACACCUACGCCUCCACAGCCCAACGGUGACAACGCCAUACCUACGGCCGUCAUGACAACCAGGGCGGAGUUUCCCAUCCCUCCAGGUGAAAGCCCGAUACCCGACGCCCCGCCGACUCCGCCGCCUGUCAGUCCGAUAAGUGAUACGGUAGAUGCUCCGCCCCCAGCAUCUGUAGACGAAGCCCAUAUGAUGCCCACUGUGGUAGAACCGCCCCCCUCUAAUGGUGCAGAAGCCACACCCACUAAAAUCAAAGAGGAGGGGCCUGUGACUGUAACGCUGCCUGUCCCCACCCCCCAGGCAGAGCCUGCACUGGAAUCUCCAAUAGUGCAGCCGGAAGAGCUCCAGCUGUUCAACGGAGUCCCAGCAAGAGACAUCAGCCCUAUUGCUGAGCCGGACAUCACUAAAGAAGCACCACCGGUUACCACAGAAAUCCCUGAUAGGACUGUUCCUCCUCAGGUUGUCAAGGAGACCCCCAUUGCGGUUGUUAAGGAAGUGCCAGCUCCUGUUGUUAAGGAGCCUACUCCUCCAGUUGUCAAGGAGCCUACUCCUCCAGUUGUCAAGGAGCCUACUCCUCCAGUUGUCAAGGAGCCUACUCCAGUUGUCAAGGAGCCUACUCCUCCAGUUGUCAAGGAGCCUACUCCUCCAGUUGUCCAGGAGCCUAUUCCUCCGGUUGUCAAGGAGAUCCCUGUUCCUGUCGUCAAGGAGGCCGCCGCUCCUGUUGUAAAGGAGACCCCCGCUCCUGUUGUCAAGGCAACCAUCCCUGUGGUUGCCAAGGAAGCGCCUACAGCGGUUGAUGCAGAAGCCCUUACACAGGAGACUGUUGUCAAGGAAAUGCCUGAUGUCAAGGAGACGCCUGCUAAACAAGUCCUGGAAACUCCACUUGUCGUCAAGGAAACACCUUCCCUCGCUGCCAAGGAAACCCCCGAACCACUUUUGAGGGAAGCCACUGUCCCUUCAGAGGUUGUUGCGUGUGUUUCUAAAGCCACGCCCCCUCCGACAGAAGAGCGAGAGGAGACGCCCACUACACAGACCACGCCCUCUGAGAGUACUUCGCAAGUGGUUUCUGUGCCAAAGAAGAAGAGAAAGAUGAAAGACCUGAACAAGAAGGAGGCGGGAGAUCUUCUUGAUGCCUUCAAAGAGCCAACGCCACCUGAGCCAGAGGUCGCACCUCCAGUGAAGGCGGAGCCAGAGAACAUUGCUCCAGUGGCUCCGCCCCCUGCUGAAGAUGUGGAUGAGACGUGGGAGGAGAAGGAAGAUAAACUUGAUGCUGAAAACAUAAAACCGCAGAGUCCAACCCCGACCUCACCCACCGAACAGAAAUACCAGUAUAAAGCAGAACAAUGGAAACCCCUGAACCCAGAGGAGAAGAAGAAAUACGACCGAGAGUUCCUGCUCGGCUUCCAGUUCAUCAGUGCCAGCAUGCACAAACCUGAGGGUCUACCGCAAAUCUCAGACGUAGUGCUGGAUAAGGCCAAUAAAACUCCUCUGAGGCAGCUGGAUCCGAGUCGCUUGCCUGGAAUGAACUGUGGUCCUGAUUUCACGCCUUCGUUUGCCAAUCUCGGCCGUCCAUCAGCUGGCGGGCGUGGCCCGCCAUCAGGUCUGAGCGGCCCUCGACGUUCAGGUCAAGGUCAGCGCGGGAAGGAGCCGCGGAAGAUCAUCGCGAGCGUUUCCCUGACAGAAGACGUCCAGCUGAAUAAAGCGGAGAAGGCCUGGAAACCGUCAGUGAAGCGCAGUAGCGGUCGUGUCGACGAGGACGACCCCGACUUUAUAAAGACGCAGGAGCUGUUCAAGCGCGUCCGCAGCGUGUUGAACAAACUGACACCACAGAUGUUCCAGCCGCUGAUGAAGCAGGUGACCGAACUGACCAUUGACACGGAAGAACGCUUGAAAGGAGUUAUCGACCUCAUCUUUGAGAAGGCCAUCUCAGAGCCUAACUUCUCUGUUGCCUACGCCAACAUGUGCCGUUGCCUUAUGGGGCUGAAAGUUCCCACCACAGAUAAACCUGGAGUGUCGGUGAAUUUCAGGAAGUUGCUGCUGAAUCGUUGUCAGAAAGAGUUCGAGAAGGAUAAAGAUGAUGAUGAAACAUUUGAGAAGAAGCAGAAAGAGUUGGAUGCUGCCGCAGGGGAAGAGGAGAAGCAAAGGUUGAAGGAGGAGCUAGAGGACGCCAAAGACAAAGCCCGUCGACGAUCACUAGGCAACAUCAAGUUCAUUGGCGAGUUGUUCAAGUUGAAGAUGCUGACAGAAACCAUCAUGCAUGACUGCAUUGUGAAACUGCUGAAGAACCACGACGAAGAGAGUUUAGAGUGUCUGUGCCGGCUGCUGUCGACCAUCGGGAAGGACCUGGAUUUUGAGAAGGCGAAGCCCCGAAUGGAUCAAUAUUUCAACCAGAUGGAGAAAAUUAUUAAGGAGCGGAAAACCUCUUCCAGAAUUCGCUUCAUGCUGCAGGACGUUAUUGAUUUACGACGGAAUAACUGGGUUCCGCGCAGAGGAGAUCUGGGUCCGAAGACCAUCGAGCAGAUCCACAAGGAGGCGGAGCUGGAGGAGCACAGAGAGCAGGUCAAAGUUCAACAGCAGCUCAUGUCUAAGAAGGAAGGCCGCGGUGGAGGAGGAGGAGGAGGAGGAGGAGGCGGCGGCGGCGGCGGUGGAGGAGGAGGAGGAGGAGGAGGAGGGAUGGGUGGCAUGGGGCCACGCGGUGGGCCGCACACACCUGGUUCCCGUGGCAACCAGGCACCUGAUGAUGGCUGGAACACGGUGCCGAUUUCCACCAAGAACAGACCCAUCGAUCCCACCCGACUCAGCAAGAUCACCAAGCCGGGCGCUUUGGACUUCAAUAAUCAGCUGCUGGCCCCUGGAGGUAAAGGAACGUGGGGUAGUUGGGGCAAAGGCAGCAGCGGAGGCUCUGGGGCGAAACCCAGUGAAAGCGCCCAAGAUUCUGGUCGUACGAGCACUUUGAAUCGCUUUUCAGCACUUCAGCAACCUUCCUCCUCUUCCUCAUCCGCCAGCAUGGACUCUGACAGGAGGGUUCCUCACAGGAGUAGUUCCAGUCGGGAACGCAGUGAUCGUUUCGAUCGGCGCGAUGAACGCAUGGACCGGGGUGGUGACCGCUACGACCGUCGUGAUGACCGCGGAUCAGACCGGCUGGACCGGAAUCGCCCCGCGGUUGGCAAGCGGAGUUUUAGCCGUGAAAAAGAAGAGAGGAGUCGAGAACGAGAACAGCGCCCCGCUGAAAUGGUCCGGCGUGUUUCCAGCAUGACGGACGAGCGCGAGAGAGAAAGAGAACGCGGCAGCCGCGAGAAUGUAAAGCGAGAAACUGUUCCCACUCCUCCACCUGCUUCCUCCAAACCGGCCCUGACAGAGGAGGAACUGGAGAAGAAAUCGACUGCCAUCAUAGAGGAGUACCUGCACAUCAAUGACCUAAAGGAGGCACUGCAGUGUGUCAGUGAGCUGAACUGUGCGUCCCUGCUGUCCGUGUUCGUGCGGACAGGAAUCGAGUCAACGCUGGAGCGCAGCGCUCUUGCUAGAGAGCACUUGGGUUUACUGUUUCACCAGCUGGUCAAAACACAAACACUAUCUACACAACAAUACUACAAAGGGCUGUUGGAGGUGUUGGAGGUUGCAGAAGAUAUGGCCAUUGAUAUUCCUCAUAUCUGGCUGUACCUGGCUGAAUUGAUCUGCCCUAUGCUGCUUGAGGGAGGAAUUCCCAUGGGGCCGCUCUUCAGGGAGGUGUCUAAACCACUGGUGCCUCUUGGAAAAGCUGGAGUUUUGCUGGUGGAAAUCCUCAACCUGGUCUGUAAAGGAAUGAGUCAUAAGAAGGUGGGAGCGAUGUGGAGAGAUGCGGGUCUUAGCUGGAAAGACUUCCUGCCUGAAGAUGAGGACGUCAAUAAGUUUGUCACCGAAAAGGGAGUGGAGUUCACUCUGGGUGAGGAGUGUGUCAGGAAGAGCAGUAAAUCGUCUCUGAGUCCAGAAGACCUCACCAGAGAGCUGGAGCGACUCCUGCAGGAGAAAGCCGACAACCAGAGGAUCUUUGACUGGGUGGAGGCCAAUCUGGACGAGCAGCAAACAACAUCUAACAUGUUUGUCCGAGCGCUGAUGACCGCAGUCUGUCAGUCUGCCAUCAUCUGUGAGAAUCCAUAUAAAGUAGACACUAAAGAAAUUACCCAGAGGGCCAAGCUGCUGCAGCGCUACAUUAAAGAUGAAGAGAAAGAGCUGCAGGCGCUGUAUGCGUUGCAGGGUCUGAUGGUACAAAUGGAGCAGCCGCCAAAUUUGCUGCGGAUGUUCUUCGACGUGUUUUAUGACGAGGACGUCAUAAAAGAGGAGGGUUUUUACAGGUGGGAGUCCAGCAAAGACCCCGCCGAGCAGCAAGGCAAGGGCGUCGCCCUCAAAUCCGUCACAGCCUUCUUUACCUGGCUGCGUGAAGCUGAGGACGAAUCAGACAACAGCUAGGUCUUUGGCCCCACCCACUACAGAGAUGGAUUGAUGUGGAGGGCAAGAAAAAAAAAAAACAUAAAAUAUAUUUGGAGAUUGGAAAAAAACACUUGGGAGAUUUUCAACAUUUUUUGUUUUGUUUUGUCUUUUUUGUUUGCGCAAGAAAAAUGCCGUUGAACUGAAACGAAAUAAAGUGAUAUUGAAAAGUAUUAGAGGAUGACAAGCCUUAUCUGCUCGCCGCAGUUUUAGCCGUUAGAAUUGCUACUUCCUGUUUCUUGCUCCUGCUGCCAUGGAGACGGACGUUGAUGACAUCACUUCAUUGAAUCGUUUGUUUAUGACGUCACUCCCUGGUGACAGAAAGCUGCUCAGAGUUCUAUUUUCCGUUUUGAAUCCCUUUAUAUUUGUGAUCUAGUUUUGCGUGGACCGGCUGAUCGUGUGCGUGUUGCUGUAACGGAGGAGGAUUGAUUCGAUUUGGGAUUUGGUUUAGUUCUAGUGGAGUGAUUUGAGCUCUUUUUUCUAUGUUUUUUAUGACAGAAAACCUAAUUAAAAAUGCAAAUUGCAUCACCCUGUUUCGGAGCUGCGGUUUUUCAGUUGUUUCGUUGCAGCUCUGGGCGAUGAACUUGAUAGAAACAUUCAACUUUGACCUUUUUGCUGCUGCUGCUGCUGCUGCUGCUGGCCGCCGAGACGCUUCCGCCGGCCCGACCUGACCUGACGUGACAUGCGGUUCAUCACAUCACACUUAAUGGAGAAAUCAUUCAAACUUAAAAAAAAAAAAUAAUAAAAAAUUUAAAAAAAAAUAUGAGGUGGGCAGAGACUUCAGGGUGAUGAGGAGCUCUUGUGGAUGUGCUCUUUGCACCUGUAGUGGACUUCACAAAAUAAAUCACUAUUACGACUUGAAAAUAUAUAUAGAAAUAAAAGUGUUUAAGAGGAGAAAACUACACAAAAAAAAAAAAAGCUGGAGAACGAGAGUACGAAUACUACAUGCCUUUCAGCUCCUUGGAGUGGAGAUGCAUUUCAGGAGCGCCCUGUAAAUACAUGUUUUCUUUUUGUUUUCGUUUUGUUUUGUUUUUUUUUUU